AUGGAAUCUGCAGAGGCAGCUGUUGAAAAUUUCAAUGGUAAAGCCGUUCUCGGUUCCUCCAAUUUAUACGUUGGAAUCGCUAAAGUUAAAGGUGGGCAGUCAUGCUUUGGACCAGGCAAUAUUUUUGUUAAAAAUCUGGAUAAGAACAUAAAUGAGGAAAGUUUAGAAAAAGAAUUUUCAAUCUUUGGUAAAAUUGCAUCAAAAAAAAUUAUUAAGAGUUGUACUGGUGAUUCGGAAGGUCGUGCGUUUGUUUGUUUUGAAAGUGUAGAUGAUGCUAUAAAGGCAAUUGCAGUUAUGAAUAACAAAGUAAUUGGAUCAAACACAAUUUCGGUAGAAGAAAGUUCAUCUGAAAAUAAUUUGAAAUUUAAAAUCGAAAGUGAUAGUUCAAGUGAAAUUGAAAGUUCAUCAAGUGAAAGUGAAAGUUCAAGUGAAGUGUCAUCCUGUAAGGAGAAGAAAAAAUCGAAUCACAUAAGAAGUGAGCUAUUUUCAGAUGCUUUUGAUGAUCUGUCACAAGAAGAACAAAAGACCCUUCUUUACCAGUUAUUAUUACCUCAAACGGAACGUUUAUAUCCCGAAAUAGGAGAUCAAAUAUUAAAAAAAUUAAUUUUAAUAGACAAUUCAGAACUAAUGAAAAUGUUUGAAGAUAGUACACUUCUUAAGAUAAUUUCUAUAGCGUUCCAUUUAAAAUCAAGUAUAGUUCUCAAAAUUUGUAUCACUCCAAGAACUACAUCAGCUUAUGGUAGUAGUUUAAGGGUAGAUAUACCAUAUCAUACACCAUAA